AUGCCAAACAGCACCUUUUCCAACAUUGAUUCCAAGCGUUUCAGCACGGCCUCCGAUUGUAGCUUGAUGUCAGCCCCUCAUCUGUCAACUGCAUCCUCAGACGCAGAGUCUACGGACUCCCCCGCUCCAAAGCCUGCCCUUCCGGUCACGCCGCCUGCUUCCUCCAACCAAAACGCACAGAGUGAUCCCACGUCAAACAAGAAAAACGCGGCUUCCCCCUCGCAGGCUGCUAUGCAGUCUUGGCAAACUCAGGAAUGCUAUGUUCCAUCCGGUGCUCAACCUUCCGAAGUUGACAGCUCGUACCCCGGCCCUGCCGAGCAAGCACCAACUUACAAUGCUUUCAGUGCCUGGCGCCCUCAACCUUCCUCUCAACAGCCGCCGUAUGAAUACCACCGCUUAGCCGGCGCCUUCAUGGACGGCUCCAGCGGACAUUCUCGCUCGGACUCCUAUCAAUCCACUGUAUCUUCUACCGACUCCUGGAACAGCCGGAGCCAAACGGAUUCCAGCGUCCCCUUCGUCGGCUACCCCAAUGGCUUAGCAGCAUCGAUGGCCCAAAUGAACCUGAACCCCCUUAGCAACGCAUUGCCUGGCAUGGGAUUAUACCCUGCAGCGCUUGGCGGAAUGAAGACCGAUGCAUUUGCCGGAGCUUACCCAGCCGCUAAUGCCACCGCUCGUCAAACCUCUGCGGAUCAGGCCCGCAACCUCGUUAACUCCCUUGCUUCCUUGACCGCCGGCUACCCGGCCGCUCCAGCUGCCUACGCCGCGCAACCAAUGAUGGAUCCUCAGGCCUUGAUGGCCUACACUGCCGCCUUUGGUGGCUCGCCCUUACUGGAUCUCUACGGCUUCACCCCCGAGCUCCUUGCAGCUCGCACCAACGCCUUGGCCCAGCUUGCCAACGGUGCUGGAUUGAACUACGGCGGUCUCUCUCAGAACGGCGGUGAUGAUGGCCCCAGUCCUACCAACAAGAAGACCAACUUGUACAAGACUGAGUUGUGCCGCAGUUGGGAAGAGAAGGGUAAAUUGUCGUUACGGCUCGAAGUGCCAAUUCUGGUGA